AUAUAUAUAUAUAUAUUUGCAGUAUUACCAAUUGGGUGUCUGUGGUUACAUUCCCGAGAAAAAAUGCUGUAUUUCAGUUUUUCCUAACAAACACACAAAAAACACAAUUCUGAACACAAUUCUAAAAAAAAUAGCAUGUUAGUAUGGAAUUUUGGGCGCAGCCAUUGGCUUCACGCUAUUAAACUCAAAGCACAAUCCCAUUGUUUUCACUCAAAUAGAAAUUGUAAAUCAACCACGACUGAAAUCUUAACGACUGCCACUUUAAGGCCUUGUGGGCUUGGGACCAAAAAAAAGUGUUGGUGAGACCUUAUCAGUGGAAAUACAUGAUGAGCACAGUACUAUUUAUGGGCCAAAAACACUGUCCUCCCUCCAUGGAGAGAUGAGCAUAUACAGCUAAAUAUAAGAUGUAUGAUGCUACUUUCACACCAUAGACUAAGCAGUGGAACAAUUGUGACUUGGAGAGAUACAUUUAAGAGUGAAUAACAAAUGUAAAUCAGGGUCUGUUACCGAACUGUGACUUCUCAGGUAGUAAACAGUAGAAGCAUUAUAGCAGGAAGUUGGUAUUUACGAUCCUUCCCAUGGGACAUGAAGGGGCCAUCACUGGCCACAUUGCAACAGCCUUUGGUCAGGACUGUGGAGCCACAGUGAUAACUUACAUGCAGAAACAUACAUAUACAGUUCUGUUUGGCAAUGUGUUUGAGGUAUUCUAUUUAUAUGUUCUAAACGUUUUGAACUCUUUGAAUGGCAGAAACUAGUUUACUGUAUUUUACUGACAGUUCUAAUCUCAUUUUGAAUUCUUAGAUUUUACAUUGUUCCAGUUUUUGUUAUAUAUGUUAUAUGCAUGUAUAAUGCAUGUAGCAUGUCCUCAUUAAUUACAUGACACGUUGUCUUGGAUAAAUUAUUUUCAUGUUUUAAAGUAUUUGUACAUACAAUUGUAAAGUAUUUUUUUUUGUUUAUUUGAAAUAAAUGAUAUCUCAGUUGAGCAUUGUUACUUGAAAUACAACAUUAAUAUUGAUAAAUUCUGAAAAUAAAGUAUAGAAUAAUUUAGUACUUGGACUAAUGCAUCCAAACAGGGUUUUUCUUUUAUAAUUCUAACAAUAGGUAAUUUACAGUCACGUGAUUGGCAUAUUUUGUCUCCACGAGUUAACCACCCAUAGAUUGUAGGAAGUUUCCCCUGUUAAUGUACGUGAAACAUGUACUUUAACAGGGCACCAAUGAAAAGUAAGUCCAACCUACCGCUUUCAGAAUCCCAUUUAUAAUUGGCCUAAAUAGAUAUCAGUCACAACUUCUUCCAUUCGCUUCCCUGGCAACGGCCCUCGUACCCGGAAGUUGUUGUCUUCGCCGCGAAAUAUCAACAGCUCAACUUCAGAGCGGUAGAAGUUUCUUGAAAAUAUGUCUAUUAAAAACAGUCUCUACUGGAAUAAGCGUGACAGCUUAGUGGAUAGAACGUUUGUCCGUAUGCCUGUCGUGUGCUGUGGCUGUAAUGCAGCGGAGUAAAGCGGCUGUGAGUGUGGAAGUGAAGCAGGUGAUAGGAGCUCUCUGCAGACUGCUAGCGGCCGCCGGCCUGGAAUCUGUCCCCCCACCGGAGAACUUCAGACGGGCUAAAUUCGGCGGUGGACCCGAGGUGGAGGACCAGUUCUGGCAGCUCCUCGUCGGUAUGCUUCAGACAUCUAGCAUUGUUUCACAGCCUGGAGGAGCCGCAGAGAACAGGAAGCUGGUGGCGGCAGGCCUCUGGCAGACAGGCUACCAUGCGGACUGGAUGUAUGGGCUGGGGGGGGGGGGGGGAGGAGGAGGAGGAGGACGACUCUCCAGCAGAGACCUCCUCCUGGCGCUGGGCUGGCUGCUCGCUACAGGAAAACUGGACGAGCUGCUGACCUGGCGAGUGCAGCGGCUGGACAAGACACUGCUCACACCUACACCUAUGAACCCCCAGCUCCCCAAUGAGCUCCCGUUAGACUCUGCAUCUCUGAGGAAACUGCAGUGGCUCAUUGGUUGCCUGAGACACCAGGGGCGGACCCUGCUGUCCAUGCAAGAGGAGCGAACUCGCUUGCUCCACGCUGUGUUCUUUGCCAGCAUUCCCUCUUCUGUAUCCUCCUCCUCUGAUCAAAGCUCAACCGUGCUAAGGGAGGACUGUGUUUGUGUGCAGUGGCUCUGUGACCUCCUAGAAGCAUAUCUGAACUGGAAACAGGUGGAGAAAGUCUUCUGGACCUGGAUGGACAGUGUGUUGGAUUGCCAUCUGACAGAUCCUGUCGUCGAGGAGACUACACAUGAUGCACCCAAUGGGAGCGCAAGAGUGUGUCACCACGGAAACCGGGGGCUAGGAAAAUUGGAGGACGUGCUAUUGAGGCUGCCUACAGGACAGAAAGAACAGAGGAGAGGCAGAGGGGAUGUUGAGGACAGAGGAGAAGGAGGAGAGAGGUGGCAGGGUGGAUCGGACACCUCUUGCCUCUCUCCGCUUCCCUCCUCCCUCCCUCAGGUCUACCGAGCAAGUUUCCAGACCGGGAGGCCAGUCAGACACAGCAGCCACCAAGCAGAGGGGACCCGCGACAGGGCCGAGACUCCGGACGAGCUCCCAGCAUCUCAGGCUGCCCAGCUGCUUCUUCAGACAGAGGCUCUGCUGCUGGAGAGGAGGGACAGGCAGAGACUGGCCAAUAGGAUGCAGCUGCAGGACAUGAUUGGCAGGCUGGACGAACUGGUGUUAAUACCACCACAGACUUUUAUUUAAUCCUCAAACUGCUGAUUUAUUAAUUCAGAAAUAAACACAAUAUGGAUUUUCAUGUUUUUAGUUUGCCAAAGAUUCACUUGACAUUCGGAAGGAAACCAGAUAUUUUCUUCUUUUACAAAGAAAAAAGCUUUUAACAACUUUAAUUUGUUGUAGGUGAAAAUGACUAACUUUGUCAUGUCAUUUAAAAAAAAUACAAAGUAACAAAGGGUUUUACAAACAUUCUAACAUUACUUAGUUAAUUUCAUUCAACGGGCCAUUUGAGUCGAGAAUUAUAUGAGAAGAUUGAUACCACUCUCAAAUCUGUGCGCUAACUAUGCAGUUCAAGCCAGAAGAUGUUUUAGCAUUCUAACAGAAUACAAUUAAAUUCCUACAUCACAAACAUAAUAUUAAUAAUAUUAUAUAGUAUAGAAUUAAAAAGUGUUUCAGAACUGGAUUGUAUAAGACAUUUUGGGAAACACACUUGUGUGUUAAGUAAGGAGAUGGAAUUAGGACAUGAUUAGCCUAGCUUAGCAAAAAAACUGGAAGCAGGGGUAAACAGGAAGAAGGGGCAGAGCCUGGCUCUGUCCAAAGUGAAGAAAAUACCUAAAAACCCUCAAAUUGUCAUUAAUUAACAUGUUUCUCCUUUGUUUAAUCUAAACAUAAACGGAAAUGUAAUAAUAGAAAGUACUGGUACGAUUUCUGAACUUUAGACGGAGCUGCUUCCACCUUUCUUUAAGAUGUAAUGCUAAGCUAGGCUAACCCCAUCCUGACUCCAGAUCAGUACUUAACACUCAGACAUGAGAUUGGUAACAAUCUUCUUAUCUCACUCUCUGAAAGAAAGCAAACCAGCGUACCUCCCAGUAUGUUAAACCUCUAUUUUACUAUUUGUUUUGUACAUUUAUUUGAAAGCUAAAUAUGUCUUUAAUACAGAUGGCUGAUUAAAAAGAAUAACAUUAGUAUUAAAUUCAGCUGUACUACUGAAUUAAGCCAAACAUAAGCUACAGUCAUUGAAAACAUAAUUUGCAUCUCUUUAUUCAUCAAAUUGAAUAACACCAAAUAACUUUCAGCAUCGUAAGAUAUUCGAAAGUGCUACAGAAAGUAAUCGAAUGUUAAGAUGGUAGACUAAUAAUACAGCAGGUGUUAAUGACUUUUGAUGUCUACAAUAUUUUCUUGUCUCAUAAGUUGAUGGACUGAGCAAUACCCACCGGAGACUUAGGGUAUCCCUUCAAAAAGCUUUUUGCCAGUGCAGGAUGCAGAGAGGUGGUUUGAUUUUCUGAAUAACAGGCUGUAAAGACUAAAUUAUCAUGAAGAAUUAACCACCAGUAGUUUCUGCAUGUAGGAGUUGAGCCACUUCUGUCUCUCCAUGGAGGUGAGGAGUUUACUCUUCUCUCUGAAGGCAGCGUCAUCAGCCACAACCAUGUUCCUCUUCACCAUGCCGGCACCCUGAGACGACCAUUCAGCAGGCCACGCCCUCUCCACACUAGAGAAACAGAGCUCAAAAUCAGAGACUAGAAAACACGCCAGGUACCAACAGUCUCCAACACUUAAUAUGGUACUGCUGCUUUUUGUUUUUGUCAUGACAAUUUGAAUUGUAGUUUGAAUUGAAAAUUGAAAUUGUUUACUUUAAAAUCAAGAUGAAGUUAAAAAUGCCUUUUUUUUUUCGAUCACUUCCCCCGGUCGUAUUGUGCACCUAUUUAACAACAUAUACAAAGGAAUUACCAAAGAAACGAUUUAUUGUAUUUUUAUAUCAAAAUCCAAUAAUCAUUUCUUCCUGUAACAUAUGAAGUGUGCUUAAGUAAGCUAGUACCAACUAUUUUCAACCAGUAAUGUCAUGAGAUCUAAUCAUCAAUCAAUAUGCAACCUUUGCCGACAAGCAAGGUGUGUGAGCCACAGUCGUUUAAAACUCUGUAUCGGGAUUGUGCUAAAUUCUAUGCCCACCCACUUUUUAUCAGUCCAAUCAAAUGAGAAGGAUUGGAUUUAAAUCUGACAACUCAACUUGAGGCUUCUUUGAAAGCAGUCCACAAACCAAUGGGUGACGUAACACCGACUACGUCCACUUCUUCUAUACCGUUGAUAUUUUGGGAAAUACCCAUAUUCGCUAUCAUUCCGAGAGUUUGAUGAGAGGAUCAUUACCACUCAUUAAAUUUAAAGCUACAUCCAGCAGAAGGUUAGCCUAGCUUAGCAUAAAGACUGGAAACAAGGAAACUGCUAGCCUGGGUCUGUCCAAAGUGAACAGAAUCCACCCCUGCUAAGAAAUGGACAGAUAACUGUCAUAAUUUACACUUCGGUUUUUGUGGGAAUUAAACAAGAUAUAACAUGUUAAUUAGUGAACUUAAUACCCCUGUUUCCAGUCUUUGCGCUAAGCUAACCGUCUUCUGGCUUGAACUGCAUAGAUAACGCACAGAUUUGAGAGUGGUAUCAAUCUUCUCAUAUAACUCUCGACUCAAAUGGCCCGUUGAAUGAAAUAUUAACUAAGUAAAUAAAGGAGGACAUCAAAUUUAGGCCUUGUACCAGAUGUCGGCACAAACAAAGGAAGGACAGGAAUAGACAGCUAAAAGUGCUGCCAAACCCACACACAAAGAAUUUGAUUGUUUUGCAUGGUGUGUUUGGCUAACUGCUGACAGCUACCGGCGCUACCAAUGCACACACCGGCGCUACCAAUGCACACACUGCUGUACAUCUCUACCACUCAGCUGCUGCUACGCCGGCAGACAGCUUAGUGAGUUUAAUUUAGUUUUUGUCAAGAUUGUAUAACGUGUCAUAGACGACGACUUCGAGCCGAUUGCCUGCUUGUUUUUGAGUUUGAAUGAAUAUAGGACGUUUUCCCGCACUCUGCAGUUACCUCGCCUCUGCCCUCUCAGGGGUAAACAGCCACGCCUCCCUCAUCAUUCUUGCCUUGCUAUCAGCUCUGAGGCUGGGUGCUGACGUCAUUUGAAUGCUCCAAUGACGGAGAGAGAUGGAGGGGAAGAGGACAUUCCAGUCGUCUCGUUUAGAUUCCUCUGAAUCAUCAGGACUUCUGGAAUCAGAUCGUAUUAAACUUAAUGAUUCCUUGAGAAACAUAUUAGAUUGUAUUGUAUAUUGGCAUAUCAAAAUAAGUACAACGUAUAAAGGAAAAUAUAAAGUUAGGUAUCUAGGUAGUUCAGUGGUCUGUAAUUAUGGUACGUAGUCACUCCAAACCACUGUGCCAUUAACACUCAUAUUUUUCUGCUACCUUGAUGAGAUUGAGUGAUUUUCCCACCUGAGAGGUAGUCGAGGCUGAGGGAAGCCAGAUGUCACCAAGGUCAUACCCAGAAUGCAAAGCAACAGGAAGGACAUACGGGGGAAAGCAGGCAGCUCAGACAUCCUAAAAAAAAAGGGGAAAAAAGAUGCUUCCUUGACAAUACAAGUUACAUAUUAACUGAGUUGUGUAUUUACAAUCUUAAACCCAAUUAACAACAAAAUAAUACAAAACCAUAAAAACAGAAACCUAUUUUCAUCAUCAUUAAUACAUAUCAGUAUGCUUUUUAAUGUGGAAUAAAACUAAAAUAUUUUACAAUACAAGUACCGUGUUGCUACUUUUUAAAUUGUGAUUCUUUAAAUUAGAAGGUUCUGUAUAAUGCCAAAAAAAGGCAAAAACCUUGUGGUCAAUGUCUUGGUUUUUUUAAGACUCAGAAUACAGUAUGUUUGAAAUAAAAUAAAAUAGGCUUUGAAUAUGUCAUAAUUUCUAUGUUCACUUGGAGAGCUAUCCAAGGUCUUUACAAUUAACCAAAAUCUACUGAAAUUCAACUUGGAAGUCUAAAUCUGAAAUGAGCCAGAAAUGAUUGAAGCACACUGACACCGCCCUUGUGUGCUGCUAUAAAGAACCAUUUCAGAACGUAUGUUUGACACAGUGUGUUUUUUCAACAUUUGUGAUUUUCAAAAAAUAUUUCAGUGAGAGCACCCUUUCAUAAAAAAAACUAGAGAAACACUCCAAUACAGACUCAUUAACCUAACCUAACAGCCUUUUAAAAUCCUCUUUUGUUUUGAGAUUUAGUAUGUGCUCAGCUGGAGCCAAAUUCGGUCAGUCACAGUCAAUGAGACACAAUUUUUCUACUAUCUUAAGCCUCUUGUGGGGGGAAAAAUAAAAUACACUAACAUACAACACAGCUUAAGAAAUUAGCUUGAUGCAAAGGCGUUGGCUAUGGGAUUUGUUAAAGUUGUUUGUAGUCUGGCUGAUUUCUUACCUGCUUCUCAAGUGGACGUGUUGGUCUGUCUGUACCAGCAAGGAGCCUCUCAAGGCUGAACUUCAGAGGUUAAACGUCAGGCGUCACAUAAGCAGAGAUAUGUUCCAGAACGAACAACUGAUCGCAGCGAUUGAAAUGACGACUGUAUUUGCAGUUAGGUACUUUCUGUUAGUUGCUGCUUCCUAUCUACCACUUAUUUCUUCUCCUGUAUUCUCUGAAUAGAAAGAAGUUUGUAUAAAAACUUGGAUUUACGCUUUUUUGUGUGCAUUUGCUCUGCCAGUUGCUUCUGUAAGUGGCCGCGCGCAGGUCUACGGUGGUUGAAAAGCAUCGGUUUCUUGCCGGACAUACUUAUAUACCCUGGACUAGAGUGUUUUAACCCCCCAUCCCCCUAACCCACCCACACAUAUACGCAACCAUACACACCUUUCACCAGAUCAAACCAACAUUGAGUUUAGCGUGCAAGAGGACAGCCCUAGUGGAAGUGCAGUUAGCUUGUUAGUGUCCUGUUUCAAAGACUUAGUCAUGGUGCUGUUGUGGAGUGCCCACGAUCUUAUUCAUUAUUGUGUGUGUGUGUGUGUGUGUGUGUGUGUGUGUGUGUGCGUGUGUGCGUGUGUGCGUGCGUGCGUGCGUGCGUGCGUGCGUGCGUGCGUGCGUGCGUGCGUGCGUGCGAGCGAGUGUGUUCAUUCAUACUCUGUGGCAGGUUGGAACAACAGCUCAAAGACUAAGGCAUUACUGUCGUCUACGCAGAGAAAAAUAUAUUGAUGUGGGCUUGGGGAGAAUGAUCUUACAUGAUGUCCAUAAUGGAAUAGUCAACAAAAUCAUGUGAAAUAAAUAAUGUAAUAGUAAAUUUAACCUGCAAGAACUGACUUGACUGACAUGAUAUGUUGUCAACUAUUAGUUUGAACUUCUUAGCUUACAGUUACUUAUUUUUUUGAUUUUGAGUCAUUUUCGUGUCCACCUGCCCUUUAACACAGGGAUGAUUUUGAAUGUCUGACGCCUGCAAAUAAUCUGCAACCAUGCUAGCGGCUCAUGAGACUAUGCUUGAGAUUAAAGAGUAACUGCACACUCAAAUGUGUUGUUUAUAGUGUUAAUGAGUGGUAGUGAUGACAAUGUGCUUUCCUAUGUUGUGACAAGAGUGUGUAGAUGAAGUUUUUUUUUCUUUUUUCUUUUGUUUUUUCUUUUAGCACCAGGCUAAUUAGCUAACUAACAUUAGCCUGCUAAUUCCACCAUGUUUUUAAUGCUAACGAUACACUGGCUACAGAAAGUGGUCACUUGUGAGGCAAAGGAACCGCAGUCAUCAAAUUCAGUCCCUAAUCAGCUCAGACCUGAGGGUGAAGUUACACUUAAACAUUAGCAUGCUCAUAUGCUCAUAAUAACAAUGCUAGCAUGUUGAUGUUUAGCGGGUAUAAUAUAAGUUUAAGUGUUAGCAUGCUAAUGAGCACUAAACACAAUGUACAGCUGAGGUUAUUAGUUUUUAGGUAUUUGGUCAUAAAUCAAGGUACAGUAUUGGACCAAAUAAAUUUUUACCCAAACAUGGCGCUAGAUGACAGGGGAUCAAAGUAGACAAUUCAACCUAGAUCAACUUGUCAAAAGCUCUUAUGACCACAGCAUCCUGAAAAAAAUAUACUCAAUCACACACUUUUAUUUGCAAGUAUAAUCAAAGCAAAACUAUUAAAAAAUACUGACAUGAUAAGUUUAUGUACUGUUAAAUGUUAAGCUAAGAGAGCAACUUCAUUCUCUGCUCAGGUAGACAUCACUCCACUAUAUCUUUACAUAGCAAAUAGUUGUUUGCUGCUUUAUUAAUCCUCGGAAUAUCAAAUGUUUCACCUCUUAAAGUGACAUAGAUAUGAAAUCACACUAUAAUAUGAUGGACCAGCAUACUGAUCCAAACUAGAGCCAUUGGUUGGACAUUUUAGUUGCUUUUUCAGUUUGGGGGGGAUUGCUAUUUUGUCCCAACCAAUCUGUAGUGAGUGAACUAUCCGUCCCAUUGACGGCAGGCUGAUAGCAUCUUCAUCCAUGCUUGUUACCAAUUGCAUGGCAAUUUUCCAGGACUUCCCCAUUCUUAAUUGCACAUACAAAGGUCUGUGUGGCUCAAUUGUUUUUUUAACUGGGAAUAACUAAUGUUACAGACUUGAAGGUCAUCCUCCAAAUGUGUUCACUGCAUCUAGUAGACACAACAAUGAUGCUAUCAUGUCCAUAUACAUCAUCUCGGGCUUACCAUUUUCUCCAAGACAACCUUGGUGAAAACAUCUGUGGACUAAAGGCAUCUGUCGAUGUGAUCCUCUGAAGUAGUACAGUAGCUAUCAUUUCCUGGACAAAUCAUUAAAAAAAAAAAAGGUUCUCUGGCUUUGUUAUACUGAAUGGCAUCUACAAUUUAUUGAGAGAGUUUGUUGACACUUGUUUUAGUGGAAGAGUCGGCCAUCACUGCUGUACAUAGACACCUUGUUAGUAUAUCAGUAUUGAGAAACCCCUCAUCUCCAAACAUCAGCUUUACAGGAAGUGAUGAAAAAGAAAAUUGGAUGUGUCCAUUCGCACCCGCGUAUUUGAUACGUUGCCUCUGGGAAAGUAUAAAAUACUGAAAUGGAAACAAGACAAAAGGUGAUGAGAAAAGGUUUGUCGGCAGACAGGAAACUUGUUACCAUUUAAAUACCUCAUUAUGGCUCUUGCUGGAAAUAAUGACCAGCAGACAGGACGCAGCUGGCCUUAACAAUGGCUGUGCGACACACUGAUGUUACAGAGGAUAACAAGCGUCGCAUACAAAGUAGUGUCACCUCACACCACCUGUAUUCUCAUCAGACACACCGUCAACUCCCAUCGAACCGAACUGCAUUCAUCAGUUGGAAAUGUCAUUUAAUCAGUGAUCAAAUCCUGGAGAAACUUGAGUAGUAUUUUUGAUGUUAAAGUUUGUUGACAGCCCCGACAUCAGCAUGGAAUACUGUUCAUUUCAAACAGGGGUUAAUUAGGGGUUAAGUAUGCUUGAAUCAAACCAGUUUCUCGUUUCUGCAUCUGUCCAAAAAUAGACCCUUUGAGUGCCGACAUCAUGCAAAACAAAGGGAAGACGAGAGGAUUGCUUUAUCACGUUUUCAAAAAUACAAUUUUUGUCUUUUUGUCAUUUUGUACAGCGAUAACACAAAUGUAUUAUGCAUUGUUCAUUAACAAAAUAUUAACAAGUGUAUGCAGCAUAAGUCAUUCUGUUUCUGUAGUGUACAAGAGAUUAUAUAUUGUAUAGUUAUUUAUUAUUUUAUGUUUUUUUAAGUCACUGAAUGGGAGAGAUUCUGGAAAAAAAACUAUCUUAAACGACCGGGAAAUGUCUUUUCAGAUAUUUAAAAAAAACUACCCUGAGGUGAAUCACCUCAAAGUAGUCUGCUUAAGUUACACAAUUGCUGUGUCGUUGGGUGCCAGAAUCAGUAUCACAUAUAUUUAAGAUUACAAACUCUGAUUCGAGGCUCGAGCGAGCUACAAUAUCAGCAAAGCGUUUUAGUGAUGGAGAGAAAAUGUUAUGCUAAUACUAACAGUUUAGCUUACCCUUCUGGUAAUCGUAAUUGAGCUGAGCUCACACAGAAUGCUAAACUGUAAGAGAUCUCUGCAACUCUUAUUGUAAGAGUUACAGUUGUGUGAAAAAGUGUUU